CAAUGUAAAUCGCAAUUACUUAUCAUGAGAUUCGAAUUUCCCUAGAUGCAGUACAAAUAUGACAACAUUCAAUUUUUUAUACCAGCAUAUUAGCAAAUAUUAGUGUUCUAAUUUGCUGAAAUUAUUAAGAAAAGACAAUACUAAGAAACGAUACGUUUGCCUUAAUAUAUUUGUCUUAUACACAUAUUUAUUUUGAUAAAGAAUUAAUAUAUCAUGGAUCUGAGUCCCUGUGUGACAUACCAAAGUGAAUAUUUAUAAAAUCCAAUAAAAAUUAUUAAGUCUGUGAAACAUGUUUUGUGCAUGAAAAUUAUUCAUUUCACUGAAAUAAUUUAAGAUAACGUUAAGACAUUUACUUUUUACUCGAUUGAAGAUUGCCUUUAUGUAAUUUAUCUUUUAUGGCAAUUUUAUACUUUAUUUCAAUCUUGCAUAGUUUGGUUAGGUCCCAAUGACACGAUCUUUCUUUCUUGACAAACGUUUAAAAUUGUAAUCGAACAUACAUAAUGUCCGAGAAGGAAGGAAAUGAUGUGACUAUAACUGAAAAAUCUGAGGAAAUGGGAGAAACUUUAACAAAUGAAGAUACACCUGCUAGUCUUGAAACAAUACCUUCGGAAACACCAUUAGUACGAAAUGGAGUUCAAGUUGCUUCAAAGGAUAGAGCAAAAAUUGAUAUUUUGUUGAAAGCAACUGGGAACGCACCGAUAAUGAAACAAAAGAAAUGGUCUGUCAGUCAAGAUUAUUGCAUUGGUCGAAUUUCCGAUUUUAUCAGAAGAUACCUUAAAUUAGAUUCGAAUGAAAAACUGUUUCUUUAUGUAAAUCAAACAUUUGCGCCUGCACCAGAUCAGGUAGUAAAAAACUUGUAUGAUUGUUAUGGUGCGGAUGGAAAAUUAAUACUUCACUAUUGUAAAAGCCAAGCUUGGGGUUAAGUGUUGUUUCGAAAUACAAUAAUUUUAUGAAUUAUCACAUAAAUAUAUUACAAUCAUUUUAAUACUUUCAUCAUCAUUUACUUUCUUAGAUAUUAUAUAUAAACUCUAUUUAAUAAGUAUUCAAUGAGUAUUUCAAAUUUAAUCAUGGGAUAAUAUAACAGAUUUCAUGAAAUAUCAGAAAAUAAGGUGAAGAUACUGUAAAAUAUUGAUUAUAACUGUUACUAUAAUUAUAGAAAAUGA